AAAACGCUGAUUAUUGGAUAGGGAUAAAUGAUAACGUCAUUGAAGGUGUGUGGAAAUUUACCGAUGAUGGUACAAAUGCACCAUAUCUUGGUUGGGGUGGAACCGAGCCACAGGACGCAGGUACAAAUGGCGAGGAUUGUGCUGCGUUUGGCCACCUUCUGAAAUACAAGUGGAUAGAUGUGCCUUGCACGUCCCCCAGAAGGCCGUUGUGCGAGAAAAAGCCAAUGAAGCCGACGGCUAUUUCAUUCCAAAGACAUGAUAGCGACUAGUAAUAUGCCAUGAAAUCGAAGAAGAGAUUAAUUGCUGAAAC